UGAGAAGAUUUGUCAUUGUUUGUUGUUGUGAGUUUUGUUUUUAAGAAAUAAAUCGAGUAUGUUUAUACCUUAUUUGAAAUAAAAUAAGCGAUAUUUCUGCUCGUAAAUUCGUGUAAAGUGGACUAAACGUAAUUUCAGUAGCGUCAAAAGUAAAUAUUCGUUUAUUGACCAAAAAUGGCAAAAAUGUCCUAUUACAAUGAUUCGAUGUCUCAACCAACAACUACAAUUGAAACUGUCACCAUUAAAAGGCCACUAAAAGUGAUAGCUUUCAUAUGCGGUCUCAUCGUGAUCAUCCUCAUGAUAAUGGGUCUGGCCUCGACCGAUUGGCUGAUGGCGGCCGGCUGGAGACAGGGAUUGUUCAUGCACUGCAUAGAAGAGAAGGCGCCGCAGCCGCUCCCGUUCGGCGUGCAGGAUCCCCCCGGUUGUUACCGGUCCAGAGACGCCGAUUACAUUAAAGCAGCUGCAGCUUUAUGUGUGAUAACGCUGCUAACGGAUCUCGUUGCUACUGUGUUAACUGGAUUAGGUUUAGGCACCAAAGAUCACCACACGAAAUUCAAAUACUACAGAUUCGCUGUCAUCAUCAUGGGCCUGGCACUGGUUUCCAUACUGGUUGCUCUUAUCAUUUAUCCGGUAUGUUUCGCAGCCGAACUGAAUUUGGGUAACCGGACCAUCUGGGAAUUCGGUUGGGCGUACGGCGUCGGCUGGGGCGCGGCCAUCUUCCUCUUCGGCGCCGUCAUCCUGCUGAUGUGCGACAAGGAGACGGAGGAGAUCUACUACAAAGAGAGGAAGAUCGUGCGCGACGGCGAUUCGCGCGCCUAGUGGCCGCACAGUCUGCCCGACGUCGUUCUCUGAUCGUAACGGAGACGGAUAUUCUGUCGCUUCACUCGGUGGACGUCCGUCGACGAAUGAACGAUUCGUGUGAACGAUGAUGGACGAAUCGGAUCCGCGCGAAUGUUCCGACGGCGUGGUUCGUACGCGUAUGCUUGUUAUUUAUUAAUCGCGAGCGAAUGGACGAGCGAAUUUUUGUUGUUGAAUGUUGUACGGCGCGUAUACGCGUACGGAUCAUCCUGUAUGCUCUGUUAAUUUUGUUUUUUAUUAUCUAUUACGACGACAGUUGUUGUGGAAAAGGUUUGGUAUUCAGCGCCAUCUUGCAUGUUUUCGAGUUCUAGUUACUCCAUAACAACAAUGUAAAACUGUCAAUUGAAUGAAUCUCCUUAGUUACUCCAUAACAACAAUGUAAAACUGUCAAAUUAAUGAGGCGUUGAAUAUUCUCUUUUCCAAAUAAACUUACUCUAUAGUUUUCGUUCCUUUCUCGUUUUAAUUACGAUUCGUUUUUUAAUUUAUUGUGUUUAUUUGCAAUCGUUCGACAUUUAAACGCACUGAACAUAUCCAAUAGACGGAUUUAAAUGGCGAACGUUGCGAGUAAACGGGUAAAAAUGAGCAAACAGAGCGAAUGUUUGAGAGACUGAAGAGGCAACCCGGGCAGGCUAGAUGCGCAAAAUUUUUGAUUUUAUAAAAUACAAGACUUGAUAGACAUUUUUUCGGAUAAACUACACGUGUUGACGUGCGUGUAAGGUCCAAGAGAAAUAUUAUGCGGACAUGUUUGUACAUGUUUUAGCUGUUUGUAGCCAUGUCAAUAUGCUUAGGUAAAAAUUUACUAUUAGAGGAUUUAACGAUAUUCGUUGUAGUUUGGAAAAAAAGUUAUUCGAGAUAGUAUUAGUAUUUAUCGUUUAUUUUUUUUUGUUAGAAUAAUUUUUGUAUAAUCUCGAGUAAUUUUGAUUUUCCAUAUAUAUAUUUUUUUUUCGUUUUCUUAUGGUUGCUUUGACUCAUUCUCUCGAAUUUUAUUUUAUUAUUUUGUGAUAUACAGUAGUAUUGAAUAAGGACUUUUUCCGUAUUUGAUUUGAGAUUGAUUUACAAACAAAAUGUAUUUAAUCGAGUUGUAUUUAAUGAAAAACUUUAUUAUAAAUAUAUAAAUUUAAGCAUAUCGUAUUUGAGAUAUUUAAGUAUAUUAUGUAUAUUUAAAAUGCUAUUACUAUUUACAAAGGGACUAAAUAUUUCUAAUUACCUAAUAGCAUACUAUAUUGAUGAAAAAUUGUAGGGAUGUGAUAUAUAGCUUAAUGUAAAUAUAUUGAAUGUAACAGAAGCCGUAUAUUCACAUAAAAAAAAUUAAAUAACUCAUUGUUAGUACGUAAUAUUACUCAUUUUAAUUUCUCCAGAAAACAUUCUGAUAUUGAAUUGAUAAUCGGAAUUGGAUCUCAUUUCAUUAAAAUCCUAAAGUAAUAACUUUUUUCGAAUGAAUUUUUUUUUGUAUAUUAUGUAAUAAUAUCGAUAAUUACGUUUACAUCGUAAGAAUAAAUCGAAAUAUUUG